AAGUGUUUCUUGACACUUCCGGCCAGCUCAGCCUGUAGCGGGGGGUGAAGGGAGGCGUCACUCUGAAGGCUUCGGAGGCAAGAUGGUGCUCCUCACCAUGAUCGCGAGGGUGGCCGACGGGCUCCCCUUGGCCGCCUCCAUGCAGGAGGACGAGCAGUCGGGUCGAGACCUGCAGCAGUACCAGAGCCAAGCAAAGCAGUUGUUCCGGAAGCUCAAUGAACAGUCUCCUACCAGAUGUACCUUAGAAGCAGGAGCCAUGACUUUUCAUUAUGUUAUUGAGAAAGGAGUAUGUUAUCUGGUAUUGUGUGAAGCUGCCUUCCCCAAAAAGCUAGCGUUUGCAUAUUUGGAGGACUGGCACUCAGAAUUUGAUGAACAGCAUGGAAAGAAGGUGCCAACGGUGUCCAGGCCGUAUUCUUUCAUUGAGUUUGAUACUUACAUCCAGAAAACCAAGAAGCUUUAUAUUGAUAGUCGUGCAAGAAGAAACCUUGGCUCCAUCAACACAGAGUUGCAGGAUGUACAGAGAAUCAUGGUAGCAAACAUUGAAGAAGUUUUACAACGAGGCGAGGCACUUUCAGCUUUGGAUUCGAAAGCAAACAACCUUUCCAGUUUGUCGAAGAAAUACCGCCAGGAUGCAAAGUAUCUGAACAUGCGUUCCACCUAUGCCAAGCUUGCUGCUAUUGCUGUGUUUUUUAUCAUGCUGAUUGUCUAUGUGCGAUUCUGGUGGCUGUGAAGAACCAAAGAUGGACAACUAGUAAUAAGCAAGCAUAUAGUUGUAAGAUUACAAGAUCACAGGGAUGUGCAUUAGAAUCUCUAUAGGGUUAUCUUUGUGAGAAUUGCUGCUGUUCUCCAGUGAAUCUUAAUUUCCAAAUGUCAGACCUUGCUAGCAACUAAGGAUUUUCCUUUUCAGCUGUUGCACACUUCAGAGGCAUGACAUUUGUCCAUCCCACCAGCAGCACUGAUGGUGUGGUCACUGUUUGAUCCGCCCAGUUUACUACUAUCCAGCACUGCUGGCAGUAGACACAUCCUAUCUCUGUAAAUAAGCCCAGCCCUGUUAGUAAAGGGACUCUAAUGGACAUUCCUUGUACUAGUGACCUUUUCUUAUUAAGAGUCUGGGUCUUGCUACUUGAACAGAAAUCCCAAUUUAAAGACUGACGCUUUAUGAUAUGAGGGUGGGGUUUAGUUUGUCAAGUCAGUGCUAAUUUUAUAUUGUCAGUCAUCUUUACUAUUUACACCAGCCCUCCCGAGUAUACUGUCCUCCAGAUGUGUUGGCCUACAAUUGCGAGCACACCCAGUUAGCAACUCAAUAGUUGUGCUGCAUAGAUGUAAUCCAACACAUCUAAAAGGUGCCAGGUUAGUAAAGGCUGCAGUAUACUAAUAAUUUUGAAAGUUAGUGUGACAUUUUGCUUCAAAUAUCCAGUGCUAAGUGAAAUGUUGAAAUACUUGUCAUAGAAUUAAAUUACCAGUACAUAAUUCAUUAGCAUUUCAGAUAAGUCUGUUUUGAAACCUCUUUUGGAUGUAAUAACAAAUUCCUCAAUGGCUACCUUUGAGCAAGCAAUAGUUAAGGGUCAUGUGAAUGAACCACCAUGAGCCUUGGGCUCAUGUGCUUUCUGCCUCUCCACUCCUGUUCUGCCAAGAAAAGAAGUUCAGAACCUUCCACUUUUAUCUAGCCAUGCUUUGUAAUGUCAUCUGGAAUGAUAAACAGAGGCUGUUCCCAACUGUUGUCACUUCUAAGCAAUGUAACAUUGAACUAUAGUUAAUAUAAGAUGGACUAUUCAAAGCAGAGGUGAGCAACUGUCAGAGGGCAACAUUGUUCACCCCAAGGGAACUUGGGAGAUGGCUUCCCACUCAUUCACCCCUAAACUCAUUUAUUUAAUGCACCAAAAUGCUCUCUGGUACCCCCUAAGGCACAUGGGGAGGAAUUUUACCAUGUUUUAGAGGGGCCUGGAUCAUUUUUAGGGCCAGCAGAACCCCUUUCUCAACAAAAACUGACACUAUGUUAGUGUCAUAGUGUGGGGUGCAUUUUUGAGCAAAAAAGAUUUGACCCCCCCCCCCAAUUUGGAGUACUUAGGGCCACAAAAUGAUCUUGGGAUCUACAUGUCGCCUAUGGGCUAUAACCCCCCCCCCUUAAAGUAACCAUGGUUAAAUUUAGCCAUAGUUUUUUUAUGUGAAUAUAAUACAGCAAGACAUGGUUAAGCAAGUAGUAAUAAGGGGGGAACUCUCUCUUACAGGGAGUUGCUAAAUGUCCCACUUUCUGCAGGCUAUAUGACAAUGUACUUAUGGAAGAAUGAAGAGCAGGCCUCUUCUUGAACUGUCUGUGUUUAAAAAAUUAAGCUCACUUUUUGGUCUUGUUUCCCAGAUCUUUGUCUGUUUCCUGCUUCUGUGUAGCAAAAUAUAAAUUAAGUGUUUUGGAGCAGAAACCACUGGCAACCUAAACUCAACAAGGCAUUGGUCCCCCAGGCAAAUUUUGAGGGGUUCAGAGAUUCAAAAAGUCCAAAAAGCACAUGUCUUUGCAUGUGCUGCAAAGAGGGGAAUAAUGGAAUUGUUCCCUCAUAAACCCUUAAAAGGCACCUAUCUGAACUAAAUUGCCUUCCCAAGGCUCUUGUGGCAGUAAAUCUGUCCCUGGUUUCUUCACGUUGCUGUUUUGCUGCUGACAACUUGCUGCUAAAUUCCUACUAUGUCCCACCUGAGUACUCAACUAAGAUCUGCGGGAGCCCUGAAAUGGAAACAAUCAUUUCUUGAUUUUGACAAGGCCAAAUAAAUUCUCAGCGCUGAUUGGUAGUUAUUGAGGUAGUUGUCUGUUCCCACCAAAUGUCAGCAGUGAAAUAAACAUGUUAAAGUGAA